AUGGUGGCGGCGCAGGUGAGGAUGGCCGUUGCGGGAGGAGAGACGGAAGAGCCGAUGAGGAACCGUGGAAAGAAGGGGCUGAACGCUGCUAAAGUCAUUGCUGUUGGCCCUGGUGAUCGUGAUAGGGAUGGUAAGCUGAUCCCUGUAUCUCUGAGUGAAGGCGACACUGUUCUACUUCCUGAGUAUGGUGGAACUGAAGUGAAGCUUGCUGAAAAAGAGUAUGUUAACAUAUGCAUGCUAUUUUGA